AUGGCGGCGCGGUGCAUGUUGAGGCCAUCGACAUCAGGAUACGUGUCGUUAUCUCUUUCGUUUAGACGUCAUCCGUUGUCAACAGCAGCGUCCACACAAUAUGAGAAUAUCCUCCUGGGAACCCCGAAGCCUGGCGUUGCACUGACCCUGUUCAAAGAAUUGAACAACGCGCUCAAACAUCUCGACGAUGAUAAUACGGUCGGCGCAAUUGUGCUUACAGGUAGCGAAAAGGCGUUCGCUGCUGGCGCAGACAUCAAGGAAAUGAAAAAUCAAACAUUUUCCGACGUCUCCAACUCAAAUUUCAUCGCUUCCUGGUCAUCCACGAUUCCAUGCAUCCGAAAGCCUAUACUUUCGGCCGUAAAUGGACACGCCCUUGGUGGCGGAUGCGAAUUGGCUCUCAUGACAGACAUCAUCUACUGCUCAUCCACAGCGACCUUCGGACAGCCGGAGAUCAAGCUUGGGGUCAUCCCUGGAGCAGGAGGGAGCCAGCGCUUGACGAGAAUCAUUGGGAAGAGCAAGGCUAUGGACCUCAUUCUUACUGGAAGAAAUUUCAGCGGAAUUGAGGCAGAGAAGUGGGGUAUUGCAGCUAAAUGCUUCGAUAGUGCGCAGGCUUGUGUAGACGGUGCUCUGGACACAGCAGGCAGGAUUGCAGGGCUAUCCAGAGUAGCUGUCAGAGCGGCGAAAGAGAUUGUGAACAAAAGUCAAGAUCUAGGCAUCCGGGAAGGUGUUGAAUACGAAAGGAAGGUCUUCCAUGGACUUUUUGGGAGUAGAGACCAGAAGAUUGGCAUGGAAGCAUUUGUGAAGAAGGAGAAACCACAAUGGGCUCACGAGUGA